AUGAGAAAGAAAACUAGCAAAGCCAUUAUUUUCUCAAUCUCCUUCUCUUUUUUCUUGCAAUGUUUAGGUAUAUUUUUCUCCAUGGAAAUGGCCAUGGCACAGAACAAAUCAUCAACAGUUCCCAUAAAUGUGGGAGUUGUGUUGGACAUGGAUGCAUGGUUUGGGAAAAUGGGCUUGACCUGUAUUUCGAUGGCUUUAUCUGAUUUUUAUAACUCUGAUCAUGGCUCUGAUUAUAAGACUAGGUUGGUUCUCUAUACCCGUGACUCGAAGAGAGACGUUGUUGGCGCUGCUGCUGCAGCACUUGAUCUAUUGAAGAAUGUUGAAGUGGAAGCCAUAAUAGGUCCAAUAUCAUCCAUGCAAGCUGAUUUCAUAAUCAAUUUAGGAGAGAAAUCUCAAGUUCCAAUCAUCUCAUUUUCAGCUACAAGUCCCUCACUCUCAUCAUUUCGCAAUUCAUAUUUCGUUCGUGCAACUCAAAACGAUUCAUCUCAAGUAAAUCCUAUAAGUUCAAUAAUCCAAUCAUUUGGAUGGAGACAAGUUGUGCCUAUUUACAUUGACAAUCAGUUUGGAGAAGGAAUUAUACCAUUUUUAGCAGAUGCAUUGGAAAAAAUAAAUGCGCGUAUACCUUAUCGAAGUGUGAUUUCUGAAUUCGCCACUGUUGAUCAGAUAAAAGCUGAAUUAUUGAAGUUGAUGAACAUGCAAACUAGAGUGUUUAUUGUACAUAUGCCAAAUUCACUUGGUUCAACACUUUUUACAGUGGCUAAGGAACUUGAUAUGAUGAGUGAAGGAUUUGUUUGGAUUAUUACUGAUGCUAUGGCAAACCAACUGAAUUCUAUGGAUUCUUUAGUUAUUGAAUCCAUGCAAGGUGUUAUUGGUGUGAAAACUUAUGUCCCAAGAAAUAAAAAGGUUGAGGAUUUUACUACUAGAUGGAAGUUAAAGUUUAGAAAAGAAAAUCCAACAAUUCUUAAUGCGGAAUUGGAUGUGUAUGGACUAUGGGCUUAUGAUUCAGCUACUGCAUUAGCCAUGGCUGUGGAGAAAUCAAAAAUUAGUGGUGCCUCCUUUCGAAAAUCAAACAUUUCAGGAAAUGCAACAGAUCUUGAAGCUUUUGGAGUUUCCAAAGAUGGUCCAAAGCUUCUUAAAGCUAUAUUAAACACUACUUUCAAAGGCCUUAGUGGAGACUUUCAAAUUGUUAAUGGACAAUUGCAAUCUCCAGCUUAUCAAAUCAUUAAUGUUAUUGGUAAUGGUGCUAAAGAAAUUGGUUUUUGGACAAGAGAAAAUGGAAUUGUUAAGAAACUAAAUUCAAGAAAUGGAAGAUAUUCCAUUUCUAAGGAGAACUUUGGAUCUAUAACAUGGCCUGGUGACACUACUUCUGUUCCUAAAGGUUGGGUGAUACCAACAAAUGGAAAGAAACUGAAAAUUGGAGUUCCAGUGAAGAAUGGUUUCACUGAAUUUGUGAAAGUUACAAGAGAUGUUGAUACUAACACAACAAAAGUUACUGGAUAUUGCAUCGAUGUUUUUGACGCGGUGAUGGAAGCAUUACCAUAUUAUGUUCCCUAUGAAUAUGUUCCCUUUGCUGCUCCUGAUGGAAAGAGUGCUGGAGAUUACGAUAAACUAGUUUAUCAAGUAUUUCUUGGGAACUUUGAUGUUGUUGUAGGGGAUACUACCAUUGUCUCGAAUAGGUCGCAAUUCGUUGACUUCACAUUACCAUAUACAGAAUCUGGAGUCACAAUGAUGGUGCCAAUCAAAGAUGAUAAUAGCGAUAAUGCAUGGGUAUUCUUGAAGCCAUUGACUUGGGAGCUCUGGUUAACAAGCUUUUGUUCUUUUGUUUUCAUUGGCUUUGUCAUUUGGCUACUCGAACAUCGAGUAAAUGAAGACUUCAGGGGACCUCCCUGGCACCAAGUUGGCAUGAUCUUUUGGUUCUCCUUCUCAACUAUGGUCUUUGCACAGAAGGAGAGGAUAGUAAGCAAUCUGGCAAGGUUUGUGUUGAUCAUCUGGUUCCUAGUAGUGCUCAUAUUGACUUCAAGCUAUACAGCAAGUCUUACGUCAAUGUUAACAGUUGAAAAACUCCAGCCAACUGUUACAGAUGUAAAAGAACUUCUGAAGAACAAGGAAACUGUAGGCUACCAACCAGGUUCUUUUGUUUUCGGACUUUUGAGAAAGAUGAACUUCGAUGAGCACAGGCUUAAGGCAUAUAAUACUCCAGAGGAAUGUGUUGAUUUACUCUCUAAAGGAAGUGCAAAUGGUGGUAUUGCUGCUGUUUUUGAUGAGAUUCCUUAUGUGAAGCUUUUCCUUGCAAAUUAUUGCUCGAAAUUUACCACGAUUGGACCUACAUAUAAGACUGACGGCUUUGGAUUUGCCUUCCCAAUAGGAUCUCCUCUGGUACCUGAUGUUUCAAGAGCAGUCUUGAAUGUGACAGAAGGUGAAAAGAUGGUACAAAUAGAGAGAGCAUGGUUUGGUGAAUCUACUUGUUCAGAUUCUAGUACUUCAUUCUCCUCCAAUAGUCUUGGCCUAGAUAGCUUCUGGGGACUCUUUGUCAUAGCUGUAGUUGCAGCAGUUUUGGCUCUCUUCAUAUUUCUAACAAAAUUCUUGCAUGAGCAUUGGCACAUCAUAAGACGAUCUAAUCUUUCUUUCCACGAAAGUAUCGCAAUCUUGGCUAGAAAGUUCGACAGAAAAGACUAUAGUUGCCAUACUUUCAAGAAGAGUGGAAUAAGGGAUGCACUGGGACAUUCAGCACAUGAUAUGGAUUGUGCACAGAGUUCACAUGGUAACUUAUCAAUGCUACCUUCACCACGAACAACUGGACCACCCAGUCCAAGCAAUUCUAGUCAUACAGAGCAGAGUUUUCAUUUUCCAGGGGAGGAAAGGGCUUCACCUUUGCAUGAAGAGAAUGUAGCGGCAAGGGCUCAAGAGAAUGUCACUGUGUUGGUUGUUGAUAUAAAUGCAGGCCAUUGAUGUUCACUUUUUUGUAACUUAAAGAUGGCGUCACCAUCUUUGAUUUGUAUAUUAGUUCCAUGGCAUUGUAUCAUCCCCUUCCCAAUAGGUAGCUCCAUCUCUGUAUAUACAUGUAUAUAUGUGAUUCUUUUUAAGAACCGUGGAUAAAAAUUUCCAGGUGAUGCAUUAAAUUUCCAUGAGUACUGUUACUGCUGGCAUAGUGGCAUUGUAAAUUGAUUUG